AUGAGAGGUCCUGGAGGAAGAGGAGGUGGUAGCUUUGGUGGUAGAGGCGGUGGUGGUCGCGGAGGAGGAAGAGGAGGAGGCCGAGGUGGUCGUGGUGGUUUUGGUGGAAGAGGAGGCUCUGGAGGUAAAGGAGAAGAAUAUCCACCAGAAGAGGUUAAAUUGGCUGGAACUUUUGAAAAGCCUGCUGGUACUGACUUUUUGUUCAAAUCAGAACUUGAUUCUGAAAAGCUCGUUCCAUUGUGCAAUUCCAACGUAUAUACAAAAGACAAGACCCUUGUCGGUAAAUUGAAGGAAGUAUUGGGUCCUGUCAACAAGGUUUACUUCUCAGUGGAAAAGGAUGCUAACUAUAGAGGUACCAUUGGACAUGAAACUGUGGUUUAUUUGAACACUAAGCGUAUUUUGCCAUUGGAACGAUUCCUUCCACCAGAAGCAAAGAAUCCACUCAUGCCAAAAGAAAAGAAGGCAGCUGGUGCUGGUGGUCGUGGUGGAGCCCGAGGUGGUGGCCGUGGUAGAGGUGGUCCUCGAGGAGGAGGUAGAGGAGGCGGCCGAGGUGGUGGCCGUGGUGGAUUUGGAGGCGAUCGUGGUGAUCGUGGUGGCGAAGGUAGAGGUGGAUUUGGUGGAGGCGAUCGUGGAGGAAGAGGUGGAUUUGGUGGAAAGUUUGGAGGUGGUGAUCGUGGUGGUAGAGGUGGAUUUGGAGGUGGUGACCGUGGUGGUGGUAAAUUCGGAUCUGGUGGUGGCAAGUUUAGUAAGAAGUUCUAA